CGGAAGGAAAAGAACGAAAAAAACACCUUGCUACAAAACUCCUGAAUCGUGGAAGGAAUUUAAAAGGUUUAGUAAGUAACCUAUCAAUUCAUCGUUAUUUUAAUUCGAGUGAGAGCAACCAAGGUCUUCCCCUCUUCUUUUUUUCCCCAGAGGGAGAGGUUCUUGCCCCAAAUACCCCCUCUUCCUCUCGGGAAAAAAACCCACUCUCUCUCUUUCUUUCUCUCCCUCUCUCUGACCAGCCAUGGCUUCCGAAAGCUUCACCGACAAGAACGCUGUUUUCAAAAAGCUCAAAUCUAAGUCGGAGAACAAGAUGUGCUUUGAUUGUAACGCCAGGAACCCUACGUGGGCGUCGGUGACGUACGGGAUCUUCCUCUGCAUUGACUGCUCGGCCGUCCACCGGAGCCUCGGCGUGCACAUUAGUUUCGUGAGGUCCACAAAUUUAGACUCAUGGACUCCGGAGCAGCUGAAGAUGAUGGCUUUUGGGGGCAACAACCGUGCACAGGUUUUCUUUAAGCAGCACGGAUGGACAGAUGGUGGCAAAAUUGAGGCAAAAUAUACAUCAAGAGCUGCUGAGUUGUACAGGCAGAUACUUUCCAAAGAGGUUGCUAAAAGCAUUACCGAAGAUAGUGGCUUGCCUUCCUCCCCGAUUGCAGCAUCCCAGUCGCCAGAUGCAGCUAAUGGUCUUCCUGAACUUAAACUUGUGGAUGCGUCAAAGGAAAAUUUAAAUGAGAAACAUGAGUCUAAGAUUACUCGGUCACCUAAGGCUCCUACUCAUUCUACAGUUAUAAGUGCUGUUAAAAAGCCCAUUGGUGCGAAGAGGACAGGAAGCAAGGCUGGGGGGCUUGGCGUCCGAAGACUUACAACAAAGCCAAGCGACAGUCUUUAUGACCAGAAGCCUGAAGAACCGGCACCUGCUGUAGCAUCCUUGGCAAAUUCCAACACAACACAUGGCCCAUCUUUUCCUUCUCGAUUUGAGUAUGUGGAAACCAUACCAUCUGAUGAGACCAGUUCGGGAGGUGCUCAAGUGAUCAGUCAUGUUGCACCACCAAAAUCUUCAAAUUUCUUUGCAGAGUUUGGAAUGGAUAGUGGAUUUCAGAAAAAAUCAAGCUCCAAUUCGUCAAAAGCACAGAUCCAGGAAAGUGAUGAAGCAAGGCAGAAAUUCUCAAACGCAAAGUCAAUUUCAUCAGCCCAAUUCUUUGGUGAUCAGAACAAAGAUGCUGAUAUGGAGGCUCAAAUCUCCCUGCAAAAGUUCUCAGGGUCAACUUCCAUUUCUAGUGCCGAUAUUUUUGGUCAUGAAAUGGAUGAUUCUCGACUUGACCUUACUGCAGCGGACCUUAUCAACCGAAUCUCCUUCCAGGCUUCAGAGGAUAUAUCCUCCCUCAAGACCAUAGCUGGGGAGACUGGGAAAAGGUUGACAUCUUUAGCUUCCAGUCUUAUCAAUGAUCUUCAGGAUAGAAUCCUUUGAGUGUGGUUCGUGAGGUCAAAUUCAUAUACGUGUUUAAGGAACAGUUAUUCGAAGACUGGAUCAAUCUCGACAUCGGGGGAGCUUGCUAGCCUACUGUCGUAAAUUUAUCUCGUAAUUUUUUCACGGAGAUACAUUGUUCAUCUUUCCUGGUGCUGUGCAUGACCUACUUUUGUAAUAGUGGAAACGUUUGGGGCUGUAGAACCCUUAGGAGAGUGUUUGUGGCAUUUGGACAACAUAUUUGUUAAAGCUCUAAGAAGUUUGGGACUUGUAUUUCUGAACUCGGCAAAUUUCUUUCCAGCAACCAUGCCUGAAAAGUUGCAGUUGUUUAGUCAUUUAAUGUUA